CCGUCGAGGAAACCACGAGUUCAUAUAUGUGAUUUUAAAGGCUGUGCUAAAGCCUAUACGAAAAGUUCCCAUCUAAAAGCUCAUCGAAGAACUCAUACUGGCGAAAAACCAUAUGUAUGUAAAUGGGAGGGAUGUGAAUGGCGAUUUGCCCGAUCUGAUGAACUGACACGACAUCGUAGACGGCAUACAGGGGAAAAGCCGUAUAAAUGCUUAAGUUGCGAUAGACGCUUUUCAAGAUCAGAUCACUUGGCUUUGCAUACAAGAAGACAUGAAACGCGUCCUUAA